AUGCCACACUCUAUACCAAAGGAGCUUCAGAUCGGCUCACGUGUCCGCAUCGGAGAAGACAGAGCAACCAUUAAAUACAUUGGAUCAGUUGGCAAUACGAAAGGUGAAUGGUUAGGCGUAGAAUGGGACGAUGCAGCACGAGGCAAGAAUGACGGCACUCACGAGGGCAAAAGUUAUUUUACGUGCCAAUAUCCUACUUCUGGUUCUUUCAUUCGGUAUCAUCCUGAUAAAGUUCAAAUAGGGAGAUCAUUUCUGGAAGCAUUGAGAGAAAAAUACCUGACCGAAGACGAUACCAUGCCUUAUGAUAAAGAAGCUGACAGAGGCGAAAUCUAUGUGGGGAACAUCAAAUUCGAAACAGUUGGAUUUCAAAAGAUACAGCAAUCACAAAGUAAUUUGGGUAACUUAAAAGUGGUUGGAUUAGCAGAACAGGAUAUUGCCUACUGUAACCCAUCGGAUGAGCUCCUUGACCUACGUAUAGAAGACCUUGAUUUAUCGAGGAACUUGAUUUCGAAUUGGAAGACAAUAGUGGACAUUGUUUCAAAGCUGACAAAUCUCAAGAUAUUGCGACUCAAUCAAUUACGCUUUUCUAAGUCGCUUGACGUUGAUUUACAAACUCUUAGUUUUCCAAAUAUUCAUACUCUGACUUUGAAUCAAACCUUGAUUGAAUGGAACGACAUCGAACCUAUAUUACACUUAUUUCCCAACCUUCAAGAUCUUCAGUUGGGCUGCAAUAAAAUCAAAGAUUUGAAGCCGUUUAACAAUCAAUAUCAGGUUCAACUAACAUGUCUCAAUUUGGAAAAUAAUUUGAUAUCUGAUUGGCAACAAAUCCUUCGAUUGAGUGACAUUUUUCCAAACUUAGAUACUCUAUUUUUAAACGAUAAUCGAAUAAGUACAAUCACUGCAACCACUGCAACAUCAACUGCCGCGCCUGCCUUGAUUUCCAAUUUAAAAUACCUACGUAUUGAACAAAACCGUAUCAAUGACUGGAAAAGUAUUGAUGCCUUCAAUGCAUAUACUAAUCUUCGCAGACUCAAAUGCAAAGGCAACCCUAUUUUUGCCGAUUUAGAUACUGAUACACAACUAGCUCAUAUUGUCGGCAGAAUUAAGCAUGUCGAUACAGUGAAUGGCACCACAAUUACCAAACGGGAACGUAUAGACUUUGAAAGAUACUUUCUGAAGAAAGCAGCAACUGAUCAAGAUAGACUCCAUAAUAAACGCUUUCAAGAACUCUGUCUAUUACACGGAAACCCUAGUGCGGCAUACAUUCAACAAAACCAGCCCACUCCAUCUUUAUUGAAAAACAGGCUCACUGAACUUACUUUGUCCCUUUACCGAGCUGAUGAUCACGAAAUGAACGAGUUCAUCCAAUCUCAUUUGGACCAACCUAUUUCAAUAUACCAGUUACCGCCUACCAUGCGUACACAUACCGAAUCAAUGCAAAAAAAAUGCUUGCCCACAAUGACGAUUCGAAAUUUGAAGAGCUUGAUUCAACCAAGAAAAAGAGCAGCACGAGGAUCGUAA